AUGCCGCGGCUGGCUCUGGCUGUCGCCGUCGUCGCCGUCAUGGUUGCGGUGGUGUGGGCGUGGGCAAUGUCCGACGCGGCGACUGGCACAGGCGACAGGUACGAGGGCGGCCGCGUGCUGUCCUUGGACGAGCUCGAGCUGGCGGAUGUUGAAGAGGUGGUGAUGGAGGCGGGGCGUGAGCCGGAUGAGUUUGUGCGUGCCUUGCUAGGCCGGAGGCGGCCGGCGGUCAUCCGCUCGGCGUCGCUCGGCCCGCAGUGGUCGGCCGAGGUGCUGGCGCGAUGGACGGCGGAUCAUGUGGCGGAUGCCGCCGGCACGCUGCGCAAUGUGCUGGCCAACUCGACUACCGGGCAGCGGUUCUAUUACGUCGACAACCUCAAGCCGCUGCUGGCUGGCGUUGACGACGUCUCGUGGCGUCAGCCGUACCAGGUCCUCGAUUCCGUGCCGGCGGCGGCCUUCCUCUCCGAGCACGCCGACAAGGCGCCGGACGACAUUCCGUUUGGCCACCACAUGUACAUGUCACGCGCCGCCGCCGAGUUGGCUCCCGCAUUGCGCGCUGAGCUCCAGCCGUUUGUCGACGUCCUGCCGGACGGCGCUGGCCCGGCCAAGGUCUGGCUCUCAUCGCCGGGCGUCACCGCUCAUCUGCAUCACGACAACUCGGACAACCUGUUUAUGCAAGUCCGCGGGCGGAAGCGGUUUGUGCUGGUUGACCCGCUUGCCUGGGACUCGCUCUACAUGUUCUCCUCGCUCCACCCCGCUACGCGACAGGCCCAGAUCGAUGUCGAGGCGCUGGACCUUCACGCCUUUCCCGCCGCCGCCGACGCGUUGGCGGUCCGCGGCCGCCGGCGACACGAGGGCUUUGUCAAUCGCGGCUACUCUGUUGUGCUCGAGCCGGGCGACAUGCUCUGGCUCCCGGCGUACUGGCUCCACCACGUCACCGCCCUCGACAUGUCAGUCUCGGUCAUGUCCUUUGUCUCGCGGAGGCACAAAGACCUGGUGGCAAACGCUACCUUUGGCGAGCCGCUUCCGCUCAACGUCUCGCCGCCGGCCCGCCAGCUCCUCACACUCUGGACUUGGCUCUGCCUCGUUAUCGACGGCACCGCCGUCAAGCCCGAUCUCGACGUCCUUGGCGACUUUUCGCUCAACCGCGUCAUUUCCUCCGGCGCUCGCUUUGUCUCAGCCCUUCUCACCUCGCGCUUCGCACAUCUUGCCGACGACGCGAUCCUCGUCGGCGCCUCUGUCGCUGCGCCGCCGUCGCUGGACCCUGCUGUUCUUGCCGCGCGCGGUGCGUCCGCCACCUACUGCCGCGGCGCCGCACGCUCCGACUUUGUCAUCGCAGGCUCCAAAUCGCGAGUGUUCACCCCACUGGCAGCUCAGGCCUCACGGGUCUCUUCUCAGUUCAACAAGCUCGAGCCCGGUGUCCGCGACAUCGCCCUCGCCUACUACAUCGAGUCGGUCACCGACCACUUUGUGCCCACCGCUGACGUCGCCACCUAUCUGGCCGAGUGCUUUGUGCGGCCGAUGGAGCGCUGAGUGCUGUAGUCUUUCAAGGAAUGCACCAUUUCCCCAUG